AUGCUUCCUCUACAGCCCUUCUACGCGCCAGUCUACACCGACGUUCGUUGCUUGCAAGUUGGUUACGGCGGCAGGAAUUACAGGUGCCGACUCCUGCCGAAGCAUCUUGACGCUGACCGCGAAAGAAGACGAGUCCUCCUUGUCUUCAACAAUUUCCCGGAGCCCGAGUGCAAGCACGACGAAAUGACGGUAACCCUCAAGAUCAACGACGCCAAGUUCUUCGGCGUGCCUCUGAAGAUGCUCGACAUCACGGGGCACGUCUCUGCCGCAGUGAACAACAUCCGCAUCGAGGACUUCAGCGUACCCGACGGGUUAUACAUCACGGUUCACGUCGUCGACAAGACACCAGAGCACGAAUUGGUUCGGUGGGGUGAGGACGUUCGUCUGAAGGGAAUGGACAACGUGGCCGCUGCACAGGAGUGGGUGACGGAGGCGGUUGGGGAUGAAAACACUGUCGUUGACUUCAUUACGCUGUCCCUUACCUGUCCUUUGUCGAAGACUAGGCUUAAGGUGCCGUGCCGCGGUGCCAGAUGUUCCCACGCCCAGACCUUUGACGCGAUGGCCUACCUCGAGUUAAACGAAAGCACCCUCCGGCCGUUGUGGCGCUGUCCAGUGUGCAAUCGAAGCAUCAAGGUAGAAGAGCUGAGGAUCGACCUGCUUGUACUCGAGAUUCUGGGUCGCCUUGGCUCUUUCUGUGGCGCCGUAGAAAUAUUCCCGGAUGGCAGGUGGACACCUGUUGUGAAACCUAUCGACGUCAUCCUGAUCGACGAUAGCCCCGUGAAACCGCCCGACGUCGACCGAAAUCGGAACAUUUCAGUGAUUAACCUGGCAUCGGACACUUCUUCGAAUGAAGAUGACUGA